AUGUUGCCUUGUUCAUUAUCAAUUACAAAUCUUAAGACUCGAUGUGGAAUCACCAAUUGUGCAUAUGAAAAUGGUUCCACUGCCUUUCUUUUGUUGAUAAUUCGUGUUUGGUUUCAAAAAUUUCGAAUCAAUCAACGAUUUCGAUGGAAAAAGUAUCGAAAGAUGAUAUUUCAAUUAUUGUCGAUCUCUUCAAUUUAUCUCGUUCUUCUUUUUCCUCCGAUGAUUUUACUUUGUUUUUACUCAUCUGGUUUAUCUUCUUCAAUCGGAGCAGAAUUUUAUUCCGCAAGUUUAUACUUAUCAUAUCUCAUCACACUUCUCCUUCCUCUCGUUUCAACUUUCUCUUUACCUGAUAUUCAUAAAAAAUUUAUGGACAUCUUUUCUUUUCACCAGCAAACCAAUCGAGUUUCUCCACUAAAUAUUCCAAUUCCGAAAUAA